AUGUCUAAACGGGCGGUUCCUGAAAUGGCGUUUGACGUCAGUUCUUCAGAUGAUGAUGCACCCGAAGAAGUUAGUGUAACUUCCUCCCGGCAGCAAGGUAUCUCUCAACUCAAGGACCUCAGAGAAUCUCUGAGGAAAGGUAAAGAAGAGGAACGAGAGAGAAGACGACAGAGAAAUGAAAUGUUCAAAAUUCAGAAGGAAAAGAAGUUAAAAGACCUCAGUAAAAGAAAACUGCCAGACGAUGUUCUAGAAGCUAUUUCUGCAAAAUCAGCCAUGAAAACACACAAAAAGGAAGUGCCUUCCAAAAAAGCAGUUUCCAGAAGCGACGGAGAUGAUGAAGGUGGUCAUAGUGAAGAAGAGGACAAGAAUUCAGAUGCUGGGGACAAUGACCUGUCAGACAGUGGGGUGGAAGGAAGUGUUAAAGGCUACAGUGGUGUUGAAGAUUUUAUCCCUCUUGGGUCGGGCAGUGGUUUGGCCUUAGUUACUCCCGGAGCAAUAGCAAAAGUAGCACAAACAGCUGCCCAGAAGGCUCUUAGUUUCAAACAGAAUCGGCUCUACAAUCAGCGGAUUCCUAGAGAAAAUGCACAGCAGAGGAGAGCAAAGAUGAUCAAGCGCAAAGUGGCAAAUCCGAUGAAAUGA